GUUCUGCGAGAGGAGAGGCUAAGCCUGUCACUGAGAGAGCUCCGCUAUCCCCGGAACAUCCUGGAAACUUUCCGUCUCCUGCCACGCAGUCUCCAAGGACAUAGGGCUGGAUUUGCAAAAGCCCAGCACACAAGGUAUCUUAAUCGGCAUCUGGCAUGUGGGUGGUGGAGAAGAUCCGCGUGUCGGUGGAGAGGACAAACCUGCCCCUCCCCGUGGCAGAAUACAGCUUCAAAAUCGCAGACAUCGUGUUCGGGGAUAAAACUGCCUGCGGAAAAAGCAAGAGGGCCUCCCUCUGUCCCAACAUCAUCACCCCGGACACCAUCCCAGAGUUCUGCAUCCCGUCCCGGGUCACCGCCCUGCAGGACCCCGGCAGGCCCGCCACCGCCGCCCCCCACCCCCACCCCCUCCCCAGGGGCCAGGCUUCGGCGGGGGAGCUGGGGAGCAGCCACAUCAUCCAGGUGGAGAGCGUGGACGACGGGCCCUCGGAGAGCGGCUUCAGUGAUGAGGAGAGCACCAACGCCGACCCGCAGAGCCAGGCCGCCCUCUCCCUGCCCCACCUGGCCAAGGCCCAGACCUGCUACGGCUUCUGCACGCUGCUGGAGAGCCCCAACACCCGGAGGAAGGAGUCCAUCUUCCACAGCGACCCCGCCUCCUGCUCCACCCCACUGCUCGUCCCGCGGAGCAGGUCCAACACCUGCUCCAGGUCCUCCUUGCCCCCCUCGCCCUCCUCGCCCUCCUUCAGCCUCCAUGCGUUCAGCUCCCGGCUCUCCCACAGGGGUCUGCCGCUCAGCCGGCAGGGCACCCUGGACAGCGACACCACCUCCUCCGCAGAGUCGUCCCCCUUCAGCUCCCCCCUCCUGGCCCGCUCGCCCCCCAGGUCCUCGCUGUUCAAGGCGCUGAGCCACGAGAAGCUGCUGUCCCGGGGCGCCCGCAAAACGGCCGUGUCCCGCAACAACUCGCUGUCCACCGACGAGGGCAGCUCCACGGACAGCAGCCCCAACGUGCUGAGGAGGGCCUCCGCGGACCUGCUGGAGCCCCCGCCCUGCGGCUCCCGCCUGGCCCCGCCCGCCAUCUUCCCCAUGGACCUGGUGCCCUACCGCGACCGCGUCCUGAGGGAGAACCGGGUGCCCCUGGGGCAGGACGGGACCCUGCGGCUCUCCGCCGAGUACUGCCCGGAGAACCAGAGGCUGCGGGUCCGGCUGAUCAGCGCCGAGGGGCUGUACGCGCCCGGCGUGGACCCCAAGGGCAUCAACUGCAGCGUGAGCGUCGCCAUGGCGCCCGGCAAGGCGCAGAAGCAGCGGAGCACGGUCAUCCGCAAGAGCCGCAACCCCAUCUUCAACGAGGACUUCUUCUUCGACGGCGUCUCGGAGGACGACCUCUGCUUCAGGACGCUGCACUUCAAAGUGAUCAACAAGAUGUCCGCCAUGAAGAGAGACUACACUCUGGGAGACUGUGAAGUUCCUCUGACGAGCAUACUGUCCAUGUAAUCUUCAGGAUUCAGGACUUUUCCCUUUAUUUAUUUGACCCUGUAAAUAUGUAAACUUGUUUUGUUUGUACUUUUAUACUGCCUUUUCUUGUUGAUUAAAUCAUGACAGAAA